AUGGGUAAGAUUGACAACACAUCUGUGGAGCUGAACUCAUCCUCCGAGGUGAAGCAAGCAGCCCUUGAGGAAUCUGAGUCACUUGCCCAAGAAGCUGGGGGUGUCCAGAAGAAGAAAGAGAUACCAGACAGAGGUUCUUGGAAGGGAAAGUUUGACUUUCUGCUGUCAUGUGUGGGCUAUGCCAUUGGACUGGGCAAUGUUUGGCGGUUCCCAUAUCUUUGUGGCAAGAAUGGAGGAGGUGCCUUCCUGAUCCCCUAUUUCCUGACACUGGUGUUUGCUGGGAUUCCUCUGUUCCUGCUGGAGACUGCUCUCGGCCAAUAUACCUCCGUAGGUGGAUUGGGUGUCUGGAAAUUAGCACCCAUGUUUAAAGGAGUGGGUCUGGCUGCUGUGGUUCUCUCAUUCUGGUUGAAUAUCUAUUAUAUUGUCAUCAUUGCUUGGUCACUGUACUAUCUCUUCAGCUCUUUCACUGGGGACCUCCCAUGGCAAAGCUGUGGCAAUGCCUGGAACACAGAUCGGUGCUUUUCCAACUACUCACUCAACGAUACCACCAAUCUGACCAGUGCUGUGACUGAGUUCUGGGAAAGGAACAUGCACCAGAUUUCUGGAGGCUUGGGGGAGCCAGGUAGCAUUCGCUGGCCCCUUGCUGGAACUCUUGCUCUAGCAUGGGUUCUUGUCUAUUUUUCCAUCUGGAAAGGUGUAGAGUGGACGGGGAAGGUUGUAUAUUUUUCAGCCACCUAUCCUUACCUCAUGUUGUUUAUUCUUUUCUUCCGUGGCGUCACUCUGCCAGGAGCCAAGGAGGGGAUACUCUUUUACCUGACACCGGACUUCAGCAAGCUCUCUAAGUCUGAGGUCUGGAUGGAUGCAGCCACACAGAUUUUUUUCUCCUAUGGACUGGGCCUAGGGUCUCUGAUUGCCCUGGGAAGCUAUAACACCUUUCACAACAAUGUCUACAGAGACUCCAUCAUUGUCUGCUGUAUAAAUUCCACCACCAGCCUAUUUGCAGGAUUUGUUAUUUUUUCCAUUGUUGGUUUCAUGUCUCACAUCACCAAGAAGUCGAUCGCUGAGCUGGCAUCUUCAGGUCCAGGACUGGCUUUUCUUGCCUACCCACAAGUUGUUACACAGUUGCCUAUGUCUCCUCUCUGGUCAAUUCUCUUCUUCUCUAUGCUAAUGAUGUUAGGUCUGGACAGCCAGUUUUGCACUGUGGAAGGGUUCAUCACAGCCCUCAUGGAUGAGUAUCCCCAUGUUCUGAGAGCUAGGAAGAAGAUCUUCAUUGCUGUCAUCUGUUUCAUCUCUUACCUCAUUGGAUUCUCCAAUAUCACCCAGGGUGGCAUCUAUGUCUUCAAGCUGUUUGAUUAUUACUCAGCCAGUGGCAUGUGUCUUCUCUUCCUUGUCUUCUUUGAGACCAUUUCAAUUUCCUGGUGUUAUGGUGUGAACAGAUUUUACAGGAACAUUGAGGAGAUGAUUGGCUACAAACCUUGUGGCUGGUGGAAGAUCUGCUGGGCUUUCUGUACUCCCUUCAUUUGUUUGGGUGUGUUUGUCUUCAGUGUUGCUGAAAUGACCCCUUUGACUCUGGGUAAAUACGUCUAUCCCACAUGGGGGCAGGGCAUCGGCUGGCUCAUGGCUCUGUCCUCUAUGUUGCUGAUUCCAGGGUAUAUGCUGUACUACUUCUUCAUCUCAAAGGGGACCAUCAGACAGCGUUUUCAGCAGAUGACACAACCCACCUCAGAGAUGAACAUUCAGAACAAUGAACUAACACCAAAGACCUCAUCAAACGGGAUGGGCUCUGAUGCUGCUGUCUAA